AUGACGCUCCGUGACGACGACACAGACCUUGACACUCCCGCACCAGUCCUCGACGCUUUCGUCCAAGCCAAGGGCCCAAGCGUUGAGCACCAGAUGACCAAUUUCUCCCUGACCGAGUUCAAUCUGCUUUGGUCCGACCUACAGUCCACCAUCAAUCGCCGGUGGAACAUUGGAUCGGGACGCAAGUGUGAUGUUACUGGCCGUGACAUGCUGUUCAUGACGGUUACAUCCAUGAAGCACUGUGGGUCUUGGGAUGUCGUCGCUACCAUGUUCUCUGUCAACUCGCCCACCUUCUCCAAGCGCGUGACGACGCUUCUCACUGCCAUUCUACCGUACCUCAAAUCAAAGUACAUCGACAACAUUGCCGCCAAGUGGACAAUGUGGGACAACCAAAACCUCCGCAUAUUAUAUUGA